AUGAGAAAUUUAGAUCGCCCGACAAAUUGCCAACAGACGAUUCCCACAACUGUAACUCUAUGGAGCAGAAGAGCGACAAGGAAAAAGGGGAACAAUACAACGCCUGUCGGUAGUGUUAUGGAAAUUGUAUUAAUUGAAAGUAGACAAUUUUGGGGUCUACAAGAGAAAAAAAAGAUUUGA